AUGGAAGUCCAAGCAGCCUACACAGCCUUUUCUGAACUUCUUACCCAAGCACUUGAAAAGAUAAGAAAAUACUUAAAUUCCAAAAAAUUCAAAAAUCUACGUGAGAACUGUAACCAGGCCUUAGAAACAGAUCAUAGUCUUAAUUUUGAUUACAAGCCGGCUUCUGUCUAUUGGUUACGCAGCCAUCAAUGACCCUUUCUAGGAUUCAUCCCUUUUGUGACACUGUUUACCAAGCUGAGCCGGAUAGAAAUGAUUCCCCCAGAGAGAAAAGGAUCUGCACCGCCUUGCUCCUACUUCGGCCCCUGAUGACAUUGAAAAUUUGAUGUAUUUGCUCCUCCUUGCCUUACGACUCCAGUGUUGAAUAGGCGGACUAUGGACUUCUGCGGCUGCUGCUUGAACGCACGAAGAUUGUCCACAUAAUAUCCUAAAAUGGAAUUUCUGGUCGACUUUCAACAAAAGGGAAAAGCUAAGGGUCUCCCCUUAUCAACUUCAAUCCCUCCCUAUCCUUCUGGUAUAAUCCAACUCUGAAAUCGGACUAGGAAUAGGCUUCACACAAUUACUGUAAUUGCUUAAUAAGCAUUGCUAUCAAUUUUUGGGUUGAUAAAACCUUGUGGACAUAAUUAAAUAUGUGCACAAUGCUGCAUGACCAGGAGGCCAUAUCCAGACCGAGGCAUUAUAUUUAAUUUAGCCUUAGAUCAGAUAAAAGUUGAUCAAACAUUAGAUGCGAACAAAUAUUUCCCAAUUUUCAAGCUUGCAUUAGAUUCCAAAAACACCAAAGUCUUAGAGCAUACUCUCUACUAUACCCAAAAACUUAUUUCUCACGGGUUUUUGACUGGAAAUUGUGAUGAUAAUUGCCAAUAUUCUGAGCCGCCUCAAUUGAUUUCCCAGAGAUAUCCGCGCAAAUUAAUUGAUGCUAUUGUUGAAUCUGUUUGCAGCUGUGUUCAUGAAAGAGAUGACAAUGUGCAGCUUCAGGUGAUAAAAACCAUUCUAACUAUUAUCACAAGUUUUAACACAGAAGUCCAUGACAGAACUUUGCUAGAAGCUUUUAGGGCUUGUUAUCAUAUUCAUAUUACAAGUAAAAAUCUAAAUUAUUUCGGCAUAAUUUAACAUUUUUUUAUUAAAAUAUUUUUAAAUGCAUAUAUAUAUAAAUGAGUAUAGUAAAUCAGACUACAGCGAAGGCAACACUAACACAGAUGCUUCACUUUGUAUUCCAAAGGAUGGAAAGCUCCUCUGUAGGAUUAAAUGAAGAAUCUUUGAAUAUUGUAAUUAAAGGCAUCGUCAGGACAAUGAUAGACGAUGUAGUACUUUAUGAUAAGAAAAAUGAUAAGAAUAUUCCUAUUAGGUCAGUUCCAUAUAUGCUCGACCCUGAUGAUCCUUCUUAUAAAGCCAUUGUGCAGGUUGAAGAAAUCAAUGAAGAUGGAAUUCCUGCAGGAAAAUUUGGCUGAUGUGUGGUGUGCAGAAAGGCUGCUAACUUUUAUUGCAAAGAUAUGAGAGAACCUGUGUGCUCAGAAGCUUGCAAAAAGAGCAAUCUAAGGAAUUAUGAAAAAGCUGAAUUGUCACUUGUCGGUGAUGAAGAUAAUGAUUAUUUAUUUGAUGCUAUUAUUACAUUUCGAUCAAUCUGCAAAUUAAGCUUAAAAGAACUGCCUACGUAAUUGCUAAUUAGAUCUAUGUCAAGCGUUACAUUUAGAUCCAAAGUAUUAUCACUUGAAUUGAUUCUCGCUGUGCUUGAUAACCCAGGCCCUGUUUUUUGUACACGAAAACAAUUUGUAGAAAUAAUCCGUGGAAGCUUGUGUGAAAGUCUUAUGAAUAAUUCCAUUUCUACUGAUAAAACUAUUUUUGCUUUAAGUUUAUCUAUAUUUGUAGCGUUAGUCAACAAUUUUAAAGACACUUUGAAAACGGAAAUAGGGAUUUUUAUGGAUAAUAUCUUUAUUAAGCUGCUGGAAAGUGAAAAUGCAAGUUAUAAUCAAAAAUUGUUGGUGAUUGAGGUGUUUUAUAGGAUAACACAGAACCCUAAAACCACAUUGGAAUUGUUUUUAAAUUAUGACUGUGAUGUAUAGCGUUUAUCUUGAAAUAGAUUAUUAUUAGCCAUCACUUAAUUUUCAAAAUGAUAUCGGGAAAACUCUAAAGCUAAAAAGAUAAAUGUCUUUUUUUUGAUUCAAGAACCAUUCAGAAUUAGAUAAUAUAAAAGCAAUAACUAAUUUUUUCUAGCUAAUGCAGGGUUCAUUGUGAUCUAUUGGAGGCAUGAACUAUAGAAGAAAAAGAUAUUUUUGGAAGAAUGAUCGAUAUUCUAGGAAAAAUUGCAGUUGGAAGAUAUAGGAAUUGCCCGAGGAUGGCGCUAUCUUGCGCCAUCCUCGGGCAAUCCAAAAAAUGGCCCCACACUGGGAAUCGAACCCACGUGUGGGGCCAUUUUUGGUGCGUGUAAGUCGAUGUUGGCCACACACAAAAAAUGGCCCCACACGUGGGGUUCGAUUCCCGGUGUGGGGCCAUUUUUGAAUUGCCUGAGGAUGGCGCAUAAUAGCGCUAUCCUUGGGCAAUUGCUAUAUAAAAGUUCUAGCAAUUUACAGCCACAGCAAGAGUUAUCGCUACGAUCGAUUGCUCUAGAGACUGUUACCAAUAUUAUGACUGUUCAAGUUGUGUGGCUUGAAAAAGAAAAUGGGUAUCAAAAUAAGAAUACUGAGCAUAUGAACUCUGAAGAACUGUCUGAUACUGUGAGUGAUUCUGGAUCUGAAGCUACUAAUAACUUUUCUAUUGCUUCAGAUCAAUUUGAAAAGAAUAAGCAGCUUAAAUCAUGUCUUUCCAGAGCUGUAUCAAAAUUUAACAUAAAUCCAGCCCAAGGAAUAAAAUUUUUAGAUGAUAAUGGCUACCUUAAUUCUAAUUCUCCUCAAGAAAUCGCCACAUUUUUAAAACUCACGCCAGGAAUCGAUAAAACAAUGUUGGGAGACUAUCUUGGCCGAGACAAAGAUUUAAAUUCGCAGGUUUUAUAUGAGUUUAUCCAUUUACAUUCAUUCCAAGGGAUCGACCUUGUAGAAGCAAUCAGAAUAUUUUUAACUUCUUUUAGAAUUCCUGGCGAAGGGCAAAAAAUUGAUAAAAUUAUGCAAACUUUUGCAGAAAAAUACUAUAAAGAUAACCCUGAAAAAUUCAGUACAGCUGAUUCUGUAUAUGUUUUGUCUUUUGCUAUUAUGAUGGUUACUUCACACGACAACUAUUUCAUAACGACUAUUUUUUUUUGGCCUAUUUUUUUUGGCCUAUUUUUUUUAGCUAUUAUUUUUUUUCACCUAUUUUUUUUUGGCUUAUUUUUUUUGGGCCUAUUUUUUUUGGCCUAUUUUUUUUAACCCUAUUUUUUUUUGGCCUAUUUUUUUGGACUUUUUUUUUGACCAUUUUUUAGCUAUUUUUUUACUAUUAUUUGGGCCUAAUUUCAUACUAAUGAUUUUAAUAUAUUUUUUAAUGUAUUUUAAACAAUUUUAUCAGCAUAAAAUGCACCUUUAACAGAUCUCUUACUCCAUGAAUGCUAAUUCCUUGCUUUUUAAAUUUCGAGAAUUUUAGAUUUAAUUAGAAGUUUUCCACUUAAUUCACUCAAUAUUAAUAGUGUAAGGAAAUAUGUCCGUUACUCAAUAAUUAUUUAGUUCUCUCAGCAGCUUCAUGAAUGAUCCUCGAAAGAAAAAAUAGGAAAAAAAAUUAAGCCAAAAAAAAAUAAAUAGGCCAAAAAUAUAGGCCAAAAAAAAAUAGGCUAAAAAAAUAGGCCAAAAAAAAUAAGCCAAAAAAUAGGCCAAAAAAAAAUAGUCGUUAUGAAAUAGUUGUCGUGUGAAGACACGAUUAUGAUGCUGCAGACAGAUUUACAUAACCCAGCAAAUAAAAAUAAAAUGACUCUUUCAGGAUUUAUUAUGAUUAAUACAGGGAUUGACCAAGGAAAAGACUUAGAUCAUAAAUAUUUAGAAGAAAUUUAUAAUAAUGUCAAAGACCAUCCAUUUACUUUAGAAGAAGAUGAAGAAGCCAGAGAUAAAUUAGAAAUGGCAGGAUUAAAAAAGCAAGAGCUUUAUGCAAAAGAAAGCGAAAAAAUGUUAAAUAAAGGGCACAAUAUGAUUAAAAAAGCCAGAAAAUCAACUGUUUAUCAUGAAGCUACAGAUAUUGACUACCUCAAAACUAUGUUUAACGCAUUAUGGCACCCACUAUUAGCAACUUUUUCAAUUAUUUUAGAAGAAUCUGAUGACCCAAAAUUUUGGCGACUCUGUAUGCAAGGCUAUUUAGCCUGCAUAAAAAUUUCCUGCAGGUUUGGCAUGACCCUUGAAAUUGAAAUUUUUUUAUCAUCCCUUGCCAAAUUUACAUCCCUUAUAUACUUAAACAAUCUUAUUACAGAAAAAAACAUAGAAUGUGUCAAACUUCUGCUAGAAAUUGCAAAACUAGAAGCAAAUUGCCUAAAAGGCUCAUGGGUGCAUGUAAUUAAAUGUCUUUCUAAACUAGACCAUCUGCAUUUGUUGAAUUCAGGGGCUGAGUAUGAUGGGCCAGCAACAGAACUCGAAAUUCAUGUCUCUGAAAGUAUCUCUGCACAGAUAAGUCCUGAUGAAAUUGAUUAUAUUUUUAAUAUGUCAGCUGGGCUAGAUGACGAUAACAUUGUGGAAUUUGUGUCAAAGUUAGUAGAAGUUUCUAAAGAAGAACUGUGGAAUGAACACCCACAAACUUUUUGUUUGCAAGCACUGGUUAAUGUUGCUGAUGUAAAUAUGAACAGAAUCCGCUAUGUGUGGAGCAGACUUUGGACUGUUUUAAAAGAGCAUUUUUACAAGUCGGGACUACAUCAUAAUCAAUUUAUUGCAAUUUUUGCAGUUGACUCAUUAAAACAGCUUGCUAUAAAGUUUUUGCAAAAAGAAGAGUCUACUAAUUUCCACUUCCAAAAAGAAUUUUUAUAUCCGUUUGACUUGAUUUUUAAACAAAGCCAAAAUGCCCAAGUAAAAGAGCUAUACCUUAAUUGGAUAAUUAUAAAGCGAAACAUUUUCGAGUUUAUUAUAAAUAAAUAGGACAUACUAGCUAUUAAUUAGGUCUCAAUUAUUGUAAUUAUAUAUAGUUGUAGCCUGCAUGUGCACUUUUGUGUUUACUCUGGUUCAUAACAUACACUCAGGCUGGCAUAAUAUUUUUGAAGUAUUUCAAACAGCAGCAAAAUACACAUCAGGGUCAAUUCCUGAGCAAGCAUUCCAGGCAAUUUCAAUGAUCAUUGAAAAACAUUUAGGAUUAGUCUCCGAAAAUAUUCAAGAAUUAGUUAACUGUUUAUGCCUUUUCACAGGAAAUUCAAAUGAGAUUAUUUGUAUUAAAAGCUUUGAUUUAAUGAGUAAGUGCAUAGAAGAAAUUUUAAAUGAAAAAAUUCAGCCUGGAUUUUUAUAUACGCUGAUUUCAGCUAUUGCAGGAAGAGUUUCUGAUCCUAGAGAACAGAUUAGGUUAAAAGCUUUAGAAAACUUGUUUGGGUCAUUGAAAAGAAUUGAUGGAAAAUAUAAUGAAGAACAGUGGAAAGUGAUUUAUUCUGGGAUUCUUUUGCCGAUAUUUGAUGAUUUUCAGUAUGGGUCAAGCUCAGAUAAAGAGUGGGUGCAUACUACUUGUCAACAGACUUUUAAACUGGUUGUUCAACUGCUUACAGAGAGCUAUAACCAUUUAAGCUUUUUAAUACCUGAUUUUUUAGAAAUGCUAGGAAGAGGAGUUUCAAGCCUUCAUGAGCAGCUAGCAAAGAUCAGUAUUUUGACGAUAAAAAGCCUAGCUGAAGCAUCAGGAGCAAAUUUUAAUGAAAUAAUUUGGGUUUGUUUUUUAUCAAAAUUCGAAGAAUUGCUGAAAAUUACAACUCCAUAUGAGCUUAGAGAUGAUUUAAUUGAAGGAAAACUAACAUUUGAUAUUGCUUUAUGCUUACUCCCCCCCCCCCCUCCGUGAGCGAACAAAACCAUUAGAAAAAUCGCCAUUUUUUGACCAAAAAAACCCACCCUCCGUGAGUGAACAAAAAUUUUUUUAAUAGAAAAAAUUUUAAUGGAAAAAAAUUUUGAUAUAUAAGUGAUAAUUAGUAUAAUGAAAUCUAGAGCUAAUUCUGUUUAAUUUUAAACAAAUUGCGUUUUUAAAACAUAAAUUUUGCAAAUUAAAUUAAUAUUUGCUUCCCAAUUUUUGCAAAUUAGGAUUUUUUUAAAUUUCGAAAAAAAUAUUUUUUAUAAAAUUUAUAUAUAAAUUUUUUUUAAAAAAAAAAUUAACCCCCCUCCGUGAGCGAACAAAAUUUUUUUGUUCGCUCACGGAGGGGGGGGGGGGGAGUUAGAAAAAUGCAUUAUUCAGCGCCAAUUAAUUGAAGCUUGUAACGAUAUCGGGAAAAAAUUCGUUUCAAAAUUCCCGUUAGAACCAUCUGUAAAAUUUAUAUCAAUUUUGGAAGAAGUCUAUAAUUACUCAAGAAAUUAUGAUAAUAACAUUAGCCACAGGACAACCUUAUGACAAGCAGGCUUUUUAGGCGACAUAAACACCCUUCCUGGCCUCUUCAAUAUAGAAAAAGAAUCUUUAUCUUGCAUUUUAAAUUAUUUAUUUGAAUUUUCUACCAAAGAUCUUACAAUUUCUGAAAAAAUUUACACGCUAUCAAAAAUUUUAUUGACUGAUAUAAUCAAUAAAGACCAACUAGGAGCAGAAAGAAAACAAGAAAUUACCAACCUUGAGCCUAUUAUAGCUAAUCAGUUAUUGCCUGGAUUAAGCAAAAAUAUUAAAGAAGCAGCCUCCAAAAUCGGCGCCCAAAUAGUAGACCUAAUUGUAGUUGACGAUUUAAGAAUCAGAGAAGAGGUUCGGAAAUUUUUUAAAGAAUAUUUGCUUAUAACACGAUAA